AUGUACCUUCUAACGCUGGACGGUCAAGAUCCGCCGCGCUCCAUCGCCACCGAGCUGGUCGCCCUGGACGACUUGCUGGAGGUGUGGCCAGACGAAGUAGUGCCUGCCGAUGGGGAACUUGUCGAUUGGAGCAUGGACGGCAGCCUGACUUCGGCAGCUUUUGACGAGUCGCUGCUCACAGGAGAAAGCCGCCCUGUGCCCAAGGCCGCUGGCGACACCCUGACAGGUGGCAGCCGGUUGGUCACCGGACGUGCUGUGCGCCUCCGUGCCAAGCGGGUUGGUAGCGGGGCGGCAUUGCAGCAAAUCGUGGCCCCUUGGUCCGCGCUCAGCUGCCAGUGA